UCCCCAUUUUCCUGCUUCCCGUCUGGCCCAGGAAAAUAUCUCAAAUCUUCACCGGUCGCGAUUUUCUCGGGAAAAAUGUCGCCUCGCCGUUUCGCAAUCUCUUGAUCCUCCGCCACCGCCAAGCGAAGCUCGCCAUGGCCGUCCCAAUCCUCUCGCCGGAAGUCCCCGCGCUCCGCGCCGUCCGGCGCGCGGGAUAUGCCGCCACGGAAUUCUCCCCCCUCGGGAGCCCUAAUCCUAGGAAUCUCAGAGCCGUGCCGCUGCUUCGGAGGAGCGAGGAUUGGGGGUCUCGGAUGAGGCUCCGGGCACGGACCAAGGGCGCCGAGUUGGGAGUUGCUUCGGAUUGCGAUCAGAACGUGAGCCUGCACGGGCAAUUCUCUGCUCCGGUGAAGAAGAGCAAGGAGGAGGAGGAGGAGGAGCAGGAUUAUUACUUGAACAUGGGCUACGCGAUUCGCACUCUGCGCGAGGAGUUUCCGGAGCUGUUCUACAGGGAGCUCAAUUUCGAUAUCUACAGGGAUGACAUAGUCUUCAAAGAUCCGCUCAACACUUUCAUGGGAAUUGAGAACUACAAAUCUAUCUUCUGGGGAUUACGAUUCCAUGGAAGAAUAUUUUUCAGGGCUUUGUGGGUUGACGUUGUUAGCGUGUGGCAGCCGGUUGAAAACGUCUUGAUGGUUCGGUGGACUGUUCAUGGAAUUCCGCGAGUCCCAUGGGAGAGUCGCGGUCGAUUUGACGGCACUUCUCAAUACAAAUUUGAUAAGAAGGGGAAGAUUUUUGAACACCGUGUCGAUAACAUCGCUACCAAUUCACCCUAUAAGUUCAAAGUGCUAACUGUGGGUGAGCUGAUCCAGUCUCUGGGCUGCCCCUCAACACCAAAGCCAACAUAUUUUGAGAGUUCAUCGUCUUCAUCUUCGAGAAGGAACUAGCGUAGAGAAGUUGCCUUUCAAUUUUGAUAUACAGUGCGUCCUUAAGUUAAUCCCUGCAGGUUGAACUUUUGGCCCGCUUUUUGCCAGGCUCAAGCAACUUGGGACUGUAAUGGCAGGUUAUUAGAUUGAGUCAUCCUAGAAGACACUUGUACUAUAACUGUAUAUUUGUAUAGUAUUGAACGAGUGUAAGCUGUCGUUCUCCCCUAGAUGGUGUGUCCUGUAUGACAUUUUGCGACACUGAGUAUGAAUUUACCAUGCGUUAUGUUCUGUAA